AUGUCUCCAAAGACAGAACUUGAGAACGUUCAAUCCUUUCAUCAACUUUCUGAUAACCAGUCGGUUAUAAAGAUUUUUGAAAGAGAAAUGUUUGAACCCAGAAAGUGGGAUAUAAAGUUCAAAGCGGUCAUGGAACUAAUUCCAAAAGAACUUGAAACUGGCAGAUACGCUCAUUAUGAUGACAAAGAUUAG